AUGGAAGAAAAAAAAAUAAGAAAGGUCACGUUGUGUGACAUAUGUCACCAGUCAAAGGCUGUUAUGAAGCGUCCGAAGAACCUCCAAAAGCUAUGUAAAGAGUGCUUUUAUCACGUUUUCGAAACAGAAAUCCACAACACUAUAGUCGAUGCUCAGCUAUUCAAACCAGGCGAUAAGGUCGCCAUAGGAGCUUCUGGGGGCAAAGAUUCUACUGUACUUGCCUCUGUGCUCAAGACAUUAAACGAGAAGUAUAACUACGGAUUAACGCUUGUUUUACUCUCUAUUGAUGAAGGUAUAGUGGGUUACAGAGAUGAUUCAUUAGCUACCGUGAAGAGAAAUCAAAUUCAAUACGAAAUGCCCCUUGAGAUCAUCUCGUAUAAAGACUUGUACAACUGGUCUAUGGACGAAAUCGUAUCAUGUGCUGGCAUACGAUCAUCAUGUACUUACUGUGGGGUGUUGAGAAGACAAGCCCUCGACAGAGGUGCUGCUAAACUCGAGAUAGAUCAUGUCGUAACGGGCCACAAUGCUGAUGACAUGGCAGAAACCGUCUUGAUGAACCUUCUUCGGGGCGAUAUUGCCAGGUUGGAGAGAUCUUGCAGCAUCCUUACACUGUCUGAAGGAAGUCCCAUCAAACGAUCCAAACCUUUCAAGUACACCUACCAAAAGGAAAUUGUUCUUUAUGCUCAUUACAAGAAGCUUGACUAUUUCUCCACCGAAUGCUCAUAUGCCCCAGAAGCUUUCCGAGGUACAGCCCGAGAACUUUUGAAGGCAUUGGAGUCUGUCCGUCCAUCUUGCAUUAUGGACAUCAUAUAUAGUGGAGAACAUUUGGUGGUGGCCCACAAGAAGAAGAGAACAACAGAAAAGUAUAAGAAUAAGCCCAAGAAGAACAUUGAGACAGAGGUGAAUUCUGACGGUUCCGUGAACUUGACGAAGAAAACAGACGGUAGCCGUUGUGAGAAAUGCGGCUAUCUUUCCUCGAAUAAAAUAUGCAAGGCUUGUGUAUUGCUAGCGGGCUUGGAAAUGAACAGGCCAAAGGUUAACAUCGAGAACAAUACUGCGGUUGAAGGUUCAGCUAAGGUGAUGAAGACUUUAGAGCAGCUCAGUUUUUGA